GAUGGGAGUGAAAAUCUAACAAUUUGCCCUUAUUUAUCUGCUUAGAACCGAUGAGGACCACCAAUAUGACAAGUCGUACAAAAUUUUCUCUGAGAUAAUCAUCCAGCAACGAAUUAUCAAGAACCAUGAGAUUUUAAGGAUGACCAAGUUACUUCAGUUGUUUUCAAAAAUUGUUAAGAAGCAUGAAGGCCUUGAAAUGACAAAUUACAGAACUGAUCAACUUAAGUACCGUUUAAGGAAGGACUUUCCACAGUUAUGCUUCCAUAAACCAUAUCGUAGAAAUCAAGCUGAGAUGGUGUUUACAGAGGAGUUGACUACCGGUAAUGUUCUGGAUCUUCUUUCCACCUCUGAGGAGGAAUCAUCUCCUGUUGACAGCUCAGAAGUAGAAAAUGAGUCGGAAGAAAUCAGGCCUAAAUUGUCUCAUAUGGAUCAAGAAAAACAAAGAACAAUUUACAAUGCAGGUACCAUUGUGUAUAAUGCUAUAAAAGCUUCACCCACUAUGAGUUCCCCAUGGCCCCCAACAGCUGAAGAUAUUAACCUUGAUGCAGUCAAGGAGAUGGUUCCAUUUCAACUCUAUAACUUAAUUGCUUGGUGUGUCCGUGCCACAGAUGAACCAACCCUGACAUCAUACGUUGAUGUUUCAAGUGAAAGCCACCUGAAACUUUUAUCAAUUUGUCAAGAUAUUGUGUACCUUACAUCAAAGGGGAAAAAGCAAACUCCAAAGUCUCUUGGUCUUGGUUUGACUGUCAGACAUCUGACAGGAUCAUCUCAGGUUUUAAAAUUGUUAAACAAGUAUGGUCAUUGUGCUUCGUGGGAUACAAUUCUUGGUUUGGAAACCAGCCUUGCCCAACUUCAGCUGUUAAAUACUAAUGCAAUUCCAAACGGAUUUGCUAAGCACACACCAACCACUCUCGUUUGGGACAAUAUAGAUUUUGGUGAGGAAACCUUGUCAGGUCAUGGAACAACACAUCAUACAAAUGGCAUAAUGUUGCAGAGUAGAAUUUGUAAGUUAACCUCCAGAUCAGACACAGUAACCAUCAGGAAAGGCAUUCGCUCUUUUAAGCCAGCUCCUUCAACUUUGGAAAUUUACCAUCGCACAAAAAGGCAAGGUCCGAAGAAGCUUGGUCACCAGUCACAACUAAACAAGAACACUUAUAAGCCCAAGCUUCUUCCAGCAUUCAGGACAGACCUAGCAUUUAUAUUUGCAAAGUAUGCUGAUGAAGAACCUGUUACAGUUCCCGGAUGGACUGGUUUUAAUAUGGUAGUUAAGGGUGAAAUGACUCUGGAGCAAUCAGCCAUUCACUAUUUGCCAGUAAUCGAAGCUUCACCAACAGAAAUGAAUACUGUCAAAACCAUCCUGGAGAAGAGUCUUGCUAUGGCUGACCGUCUUGAGGUUGACCAUGUUGUGUUGGUUUUUGAUCAAGCAAUUUAUGCUAAAAUCCAAGAGAUUCGCUGGAACAAUGAAGAGUACAAGCAACGUACUGUCAUACGUUUAGGUGAACUACACACCUGCAUGUCAUUCUUAGGUGUGAUUGGCCGAAGAUUUAAAGAUGCUGGGUUGCAUGACUUGUUGAUAGAAGCGGAAAUAAUUGCACCUGGUUCGAUUAAUGGGGUUCUAAAUGGCCACCAUUAUAAUAGGAGCAUAAGGGCUCAUAAACUUCUAUUUGAAGCUCUUCAGAGAGUGAGGUUAAUUAUGUUCCUUGAAUCGUUGCCAGCUACAGAGGCACAUAAAUAUGCCAAACUAAUAGUUAAUGUGAAAGAAUUGUACACUUCGGAAUCAUUCAAUGAAAUGUUGUGCUCUGAAGAACUAAACCUGUUCAUGACAGAGUAUGAUGACUUCAUAACCAAGCAAGGUGAAUCAUGUCCAACUUUUAGCCUGUGGAACUCAUACAUUGAUAUGGUUCAGAUACUUCUGACAUUCAUAAGAGCAACACGUGAGUCAGAUUGGGAUUUGCAUUUGGCUGCUCUUCGUUAUAUGAUGCCAUGGUUCUUUGCCUAUGACAGAAUGAAUUACGCCAGAUAUCUUCCUGCCUACUGGUUGGAAAUGGUGAAUUUGCCCAACUCGCACCCAGAGUGUCACAAAGAAUUGUCAACAACUGGACAAUGGACUGUGCAGCGGCAACAAAGGCACCCAUUUGCAUCAAUUGCAUGUGACCAGGCCAUUGAACAAACAUGUAAUCGGGAUUCCAAGACAAAUGGUGGAAUUACUAGCUACACUCUAAACCGUGGAGCAGUGCAGAGAUGGAUUUUAUCCCAACCACAGCGAGCCGCUAUCACAAGACAGUGUGAGAUGAUGGGAGGGGUAUUUACUGAUGGCAGGAAGCCCAAAGACUUAGAUCAGUCAAAGACAAAGAGAGAUACGAAUGCGGUGAUGGCAAUUAUGUCCACUCUCGACAGCAUGGUUAACCCCUUUGAUUCCUCAAAUGACGAGUUGGUAUGCUUUAGCUCUGGAGUCGUUGCAACUGAUGCAGUUAAAAACGAUCUAAGCAAGGCCUUAGAUCAAGGUGAAGAAGCAGCAACUAACUACAUCAAAGGUUGUCUAAUUGACAAUGAAUUUGACAUGCAUGCCCCCAUUAAGAAUAUGAAGUUAAAAACUUUUUCAGAGAACAACCAACUGCUACGAACUAAAUCUGGAAAAGCAGUUUCCGCAAAAAGUGACAGAAAACUAUUUGCACGUCUACUGAUUGCUGGACAGACCCGUAAAAUUGAUUUGCCUGAGAUAUUGUCAUAUUCACUUGGUAAUGUGUCAUUUCCACUGGCCAACUUUGAUGGAUCACUUGCCAAGACUAACAAGUCAGCUCUACUUCAUGCCAUUGAAAUGACAGCUGGUGAUUGUCUAAUUGAUAGACCUCCAGAAAAUGCUGCAUUAAUGAUUGAUGGAAUGGCAUUAAUCCAGUCCAUACGGGAUGUCCCCAAAACAUUUGGAGAAUUGGCUGAUGAUAUUCUAAAACAAAUCAUCAAUCUUGCUGCAAAAUACAAAUGCUCACGUGUAGACUUUGUUACUGACAGAUAUCCUUCUAUAAGCAUUAAAAAUGUUGAGCGUUUACGGAGGGCAGAGAGUGGAACACAGAAGGUUCAAAUUUACAGCAAGGACCAGAAGACUCCAAAACAAUGGAAAAAGUUUCUGUCUGAUGGAACCAACAAGGAAGCCCUCGUUGAAUUUCUUUUUCUUGUCUGGAAAGAUGUUAAUUUGAAGCUUGUGUAUGACAUCGCAAUAUAUUUUACACAUGGUGAGGAGUGUCACAUUCUGGAAAACAAAAAUAGUGUCAGUACAUCGUGGCCAUGUGAUGACUUAAAGUGUGACCAUGAGGAAGCAGAUACACGGUUACUUCUUCAUGCAAAGCAUGCUUCUAAAUAUUGCAAAGAUGUAAUCAUCAGAAGCCCAGACACAGAUGUAAGCAUAAUAGCACUGUCACUUAUGGAUAAAUUAGCUUCUAAUCUUUUCUUUCUGACUGGUACAGGGAGGAAAAGUCGAAUCAUAGAUCUGCAGAAAGUUGCAUCUGUGUAUAAUCCUUCUGUUCGAGAAGCUUUGAUCGGACUCCAUAUUUUCACUGGAUGUGACUCAACAAGUGCUUUCUAUAGUAAAGGUAAAAAGAAAGCACUUGCAAUUGCUCAGGAGAAUACAGAUUAUUUAGAUGCAUUUACAGAUCUUGGCAGGCACUUUGACUUAAAGCAAGAAACCAUCUCAAACCUUGAAACAUUUGUAUGCAAGCUCUAUGGACAGGUUACUACAAAUGUUAAUGAUGCCAGGUACAAAAUUUUCUGUUUAUCCUCAGCAUCGGAACAGAGCCUACCACCAACAAAGGAUGCAAUGAUUCAACAUUGUAAACGGUGUAAUUACCAGGCUGCUAUUCAUAGGAGAUCCUGUGUACAGUGGAUUAGUGCCCCAUCCCCAGUUGGCCAUGGAUGGCAAAUGACAGAGGAUCUGCUUACCAUCACAUGGAUGACAAAUGCACCUGCUCCAGAAGUACUUUUACAGUCAGUUAAUUGCAGCUGUAAAGUUGGUAAAUGCCAAAAAGGAAGAUGUUCUUGUUUAGGCUCAAACCUGCCUUGCACUGACUUGUGCAAAUGUAAAGAUUGCCAGAAUACAAACCUACCUGCUGUAGAAUCAAUAGAAGACUUCAAUCAAGACUUUGAUGAUGAUGAUGAUGAUGAUUAUGAUCUAUAGAUUUCAGAACCACCUUUUUGGAAUGUCUAUCUCUCAAUACCCGAUAAAAACAUGUUCAUUACAUGACCAAGGCUACAUAGAUUAGCAACAUCAAUCUUAAAUUCUGUUUAAACAUAUACAUAUACAUGUACAUUUAUAUUCUACUUCAUAAAUGAUUUAACAAUUUCGUAUAUAUUAUGUUUAUUU